CGAUGGUGGCGGGGGCGGGGCGGGCCCGCCCAGCGCUGCCGCGGAGCGAGGAGGAAAUGGCGGCGCGGCGCGGCUGAGACCUUUGGCGGCCGCGGCCAGAAGCUCCCCUUCCCUGCUCGCGGAGCCAGCAGGAAAAAGAGGAUUCAUAGCAUUUGGACCUGCUGACAGCCCAGAGAUUCAGUUGUGGCACUUGUGAGUCAGGAAAUUCAGCAUGUCCUGGCUGAAGGAUGCUGAAUGACUCUGAUCCCGUGCUGCCCUCCUCUGGCUCAGCUUUUCAAGGAGAAAUCAUUCGAGCCUCUGAUGCUGUGUCAGCAUUUCAGAGUGGGAACACUGUUGCUUGUACUAUGGAACAAGCUGGAAACACAGUGCCAUUAGAGUCUGAAGCUAAUACUGACAACAUGGAAAACAGUUCUCCUGCAUCAAUGUUGGAUGAUAAAGGAGAGCAAAGCAAUGAGGAGGAACAAAAGUCUGUCAAGCCAACAAGUAAAGAGUUCAGGAAAACCUGGGGUUUUCGGAGGACCACGAUUGCCAAGAGAGAGGGUGCAGGAGAUGCUGAUGUGGACUCCAGUGAGCAGCAGCCUCAGCAGCAGCAACAAGGCAUAAACCUCAGGAGGAGCGGGCGGCAGCCAAAGCGCACAGAGAGGGUGGAAGAGUUCCUGACCACGGUGAGGCGCAGGGGGAGGAGGAGUGUUCCCACUAUCCUGGAGGACUCCAGUGAAGCAGCCUCUGGGCCAGCCACUGAUGCUGAAACUGCUUCUGAAGACAGUGUUGAGAGCACUCCAGAUACAAAACCUGUCACUCGGAGGAUUUGCACCAGGAGUUGUAAGGAGCAGAAAAGCCCUAAAAGCAGACCCCCAAAAGAGGAAGAGGAAGAAGAGGAGGAGGAGGAGGAAGAAGAAGAUGCUACUUCUGAUAGUGACAGCGAUGGGUUGACACUAAAGGAACUGCAAAAUCGGCUAAGAAAGAAACGUGUAGAGCAGAAAUCUCCUCAGCUGGUGUUGAAGGAUGUGCAGAACCAUCUGAGGAAAAGGAAUUCAGAGCAAGAUCCUUCCAAAACAGGUGAUGUCACACUUGGAAAACAGGAUGAGUCUGAGCUGCCUGUCAAACAGGAGCCUGAGACUGCAGACAGCACUGAGAUCGCGAGUCAGGUGGUUGUGUGUGAGGACACUGAAGAUCUUGAGGCUCAGAAGGAGGAGAAGCCUGCCCUUGUUGCAAAGGGGGCCUCAGAUGAGGAACCUGAAGAACAGCCCAAAAGCAAACCUGAGUCUGAAAUCUAUGACCCAAAUGCCCUGUACUGUAUUUGUCGUCAGCCUCAUAACAACAGGUUUAUGAUUUGUUGUGAUAGAUGCGAGGAAUGGUUUCAUGGUGACUGUGUGGGUAUUUCUGAGGCUCGAGGGCGAUUGUUGGAGAGGAAUGGUGAGGACUAUAUCUGUCCAAACUGCACCAUUCUCCAGGGACAGGAUGAGCCUGUUUCAGAACUAGACCAGCAGGAAGCUAAAAUGGAGCAAGGAAAUGUGGAUGGCACAGAAUUCACAAGCAUAGGAACAAUUGAACAAAAAUCGGUUGAGGACCAAGGAAUCAAGGGUAGGAUUGAAAAAGCUGCAAAUCCGAGUGGGAAGAAAAAACUAAAGAUAUUUCAGCCUGUAAUUGAAGCUCCUGGUGCUUCCAAGUGCAUUGGCCCUGGCUGUUUCAACGUGGCCCAGCCUGACUCCGUGUACUGCAGCAAUGACUGCAUCCUCAAACACGCAGCUGCCACCAUGAAGAUCUUGAGUUCUGGCAAGGAUGCAAAACCAAAACCUAAAGAGAGGAUCAAACCGAAAUCUGAAAAACCUGGCAUACCAAAGUCUCAGCAGCAGGUGGGCAGCAAACCAGUUUCAAACCAGAAGAGACAAUUCCCUGAGAAAAGAGAGGUGAAUGUGAAGAAGACUGUUGUGAGCACAGCCAAGACUGAGGCAAACACCCAAGCUCCUGCUCGAGAGCCAGUGGCAGAACCCGUCACGCCGUCCUGGGCCAGUGAUCAUAAUUACAAUGCUGUAAAGCCUGAAAGGACUGCUGCCAUUUCACCUGCACUGUUGUUCAAAUCUCAAAGGGAAGAGAAGAGGAACGAAGAUCGAGCAGAGUCCACGCUGGCACCAAAGAAGGCUGUGGUAUCUAUCAUGGAGAAACAGUCCUCUUCUCUCACCAAAAAUCUGCCUUCAAAGAAGUCCCCAUCCUACUCCAACACCUCACUAACUAAACCACCACUGAAACCUGCUGGAAGUUUCAAAGGUGUCAUUCCCAAGAAACCUUGGCCUUCCUCAGGCAGUGUUCCUUCCAAACAGUCACCUCUCUCUCAUGGCUCAUCAGUUGCCAAGAAAGCAGCUCCAUCUUCCGGUUUGAGUGGAGGACUCAAAAAGCCUUCACUGUCUUCUGUGUCAGCUGCAGCUGGAAGUAGUCAAGCAAAAGCCUCAGCCAGUCCUGCCCAGUCACAGCCCAACUCGCAGAUUCGACAGAAUAUUCGACGAUCCCUGAAAGAAAUUUUGUGGAAGAGAGUCAAUGACAGCGAUGACCUGGUCAUGACAGAGAGUGAAGUAGGGAAAGUGGCACUCAACAUUGAGAAGGAGAUGUUUAAUUUGUUCCAAGUGACAGACAACAGAUACAAGAGCAAAUACCGUAGCAUCAUGUUCAAUCUCAAAGACCCCAAAAACCAGGGACUUUUCCAUCGUGUCCUUCGUGAGGAGAUCUCCCUGUCAAAACUGGUGAGAAUGAAGCCAGAAGAACUUUUAUCUAAAGAACUGUCUGUGUGGAAAGAGAAACCAGCUAAGGCAGUGGAGUCAAGAAGCAAAUCUCACGAAAUCAAGAAAGCAGCUGUAAAACGGGAACAUGUGCCUGCUGUCAAUAUGGAGGAUUCUCCACCAGUAUCUGACUCUGAUGAACAGCAGGAAUCAACGCGAGCUGCACCCAAUUUGAACAGUCCUCCUUCUCUAGACGUUUUUAGCAGCAUGUUGAAGGAUACAACAAGUCAGCAUCGAGCCCAUCUUUUUGACCUGAACUGUAAAAUCUGUACAGGUCAGAUUUCAGCAUCAGAAGAUGAGAUACCAGCUAAGAAGGUGAAGUCAGGGGCUUCUGCUAAGAAGGUGGAGUCGAAAUCCAAGCCAGAAGUGCAGGCCAAGUAUGAGAGUCCUGCAGCAGCCCCAGCAGCAGAGCCUGACAAAGAGCCUGUCGCUGAUGAUGCAAUGGACAUUGAUGUUGAACCAGCAGCAGAAACGGUUUCCCAGCCAGCCACAGAAGGAAUUUCCAUUCCUACAAGCCAGAGCGAGAACAGCACAGACUCUGCUGUACCUGAAGAGGUGUCUGCUCUCGCUGCCUCCUGUGCUGGCCCUGUUGUCACAACUGUGACAGUUUCUGGCAGAGACCCCAGGACAGCCAUGAGCAGCUCCUCUGGGACUGUGACACCGGCCCUGCAUCCUGGGCCCGCAGCUGACAAAGUCUCCACGGGGGAAACCAAACAGGAAACUUCCAAAUCAGUUAUGGCUGCCCCCAAAUCAAUAUUAACCAAACCCUCUUCCUCACCAGAUACCAGAUACCUGGCAGUUCAUCAGUCACCCAACAUCAAUGCUGCAGAGCCUCACUCACCUCAGGACAGCGACACUUCCCUCUUUCUCUCCCGUCUCAACACCAUUUGGAAAGGAUUUAUUAACAUGCAGAGUGUGGCCAAAUUUGUCACUAAAGCCUAUCCAGUCUCCGGGUGCUUUGAUUAUCUUAGUGAGGAUUUACCUGACACAAUUCACAUUGGUGGGAGGAUCUCACCGAAGACAGUCUGGGAUUAUGUUGGCAAACUCAAAUCUUCGCUUUCUAAGGAAUUGUGUUUGAUUCGUUUCCAUCCUGCAACAGAAGAAGAAGAAGUUGCCUAUAUCUCUCUCUACUCCUAUUUUAGCAGUCGUGGUCGUUUUGGUGUUGUAGCUAAUAACAACAGACAUGUCAAGGAUCUCUACCUGAUCCCCCUGAGUUCUAAGGACCCAAUUCCUUCCAAACUCUUGCCCUUUGAGGGACCAGGUCUUGAAUCAUCUCGGCCAAAUUUGAUCCUUGGGUUGGUUAUCUGUCAGAAAGGGAAACGUCCUGCCACUGAGACAGAAAAAAUAGAGGAGAAGCGAAGCAGAAUUCAAACACAUGAGGAAGCCGAACCAUCCCUGUUCUCUAAAGGGCCUCCAGCUUCACAAGAAAAGAAAACUCCAAAAUACACACUUUAUUCAGGAGACUCCACCAUGAGUACAACACCACCUGGAUCUCCUCCUCCACCUCCACCCCCGCUUCCCAUUCCAGACACCUCGGCAGUGACACCUUCAGUAUUAAAAAUACUGUCGUCCAUUAAAAGUGGCCCCACGGCUACUGUGACCCCACCGGUUUCAACAGCUGCUCCUGCAAGCAGCACUGCCACGCACUCCUCAUCCUCAAAAACCGCCACGCCUCUCGAGCACAUCCUGCAGACCCUCUUUGGGAAAAAGAAAACUUUUGAGCCCCUUGCCAAGGAUUCUGGAACUGUUCAGUCUUCCAGUCAGGAAAGUCAAGCUGCGGCAGAUAGUGGGAUGUCAGCGGUUCCUCUGUUAGAUCCCAUUGUGCAGCAGUUUGGGCAGAUGUCCAAGGACAAAGCCAUAGAGGAGGAGGAGGAUGACAGACCUUAUGAUCCUGAGGAAGAAUAUGGUCCAGAGAAAGCCUUUGAAAUGCAGACUGGUGAAAGUGACAAACGCUACAGUGUGGAAAAGCCAUCUACUACAGCAGAACUAGAGGAUGAGGCCUAUGAUCCAGAGGAUGAAACUAUCUUGGAAGAAGCAAAAGUUACUGUUGAUGAUUUACCCAACAAAAUGUAUACAGACAGUAAAAGCAAUUCUUCAGAAGCAUCUGCUUCAUUUGUGUCCGAUUUAUCUGCAUCCUCCUCCUUGGUAGAACAGCAAAAAAUGUUAGAAGAAUUAAACAAGCAAAUAGAAGAACAGAAAAGGCAGCUAGAGGAACAAGAAGAAGCCCUCAGACAACAAAGAGCAGCUGUUGGUGUUUCAAUGGCUCACUUUUCAGUGUCUGAUGCUUUAAUGUCACCUCCACCAGCAAAAGCUUCCCUAAUGAAGCCUGAAUUAUUCCAUCAGGACCAACAAGCUACACAAAAAGUAGAUUUACCUUCAUCUUUAAAUCAGCAAGCACAGGUUUUAAACCAGAGCUGUGACCCAAGGCAGAACAGAGAUCCUCGACAGGCUCGAAGGAUGGUGACAGAGAAUGACAGCGCUGACUCUCGAAUAAAGCCACAGGCAGUACAGAAUGAGAUGUCCACAAGAGAAGUCGCUCCACCAAGUUUUCCAAAUGCUUUGCAGACUUCACUUGGUAAGGAAGAUAAUGCUUUAAUUUCCACUACUCAGCCUGGUUUUACUGCAGAUAAUUGGGUUUCAAGUGAACAGACAUCUACGGUGGCCCAGAAAGAGACAUCUAAUAGCAAAUUUGAACACACCAUUCAAGUUACUUUGGAAAACUUGAAUCAAACAGCUUCUGGAGAUCCUUCUGCUUCCAAACCUGUACGUAAAGUGCUGCUUCCAACCCCACCAAGUACAUCUUUUCAGCCUAAUUUCUCCACAUCAAAUGACAGCCCAUCUUUGCAAGAUAUGCAUCAAGUGUCAUGGUCAAAUGAGUCAAAGGAAGCAAUGGGAAGGGAUUCCUUUUCAAAUACGAUGUUUCCUCAGCAGGAAAAGGCAGCUGGACACUUUGAACCAGAGAUGGGUCUUUCGUCAGUGCAGUAUGAUGAACAAAGAAAUCCUCAGUCUCAUCAGUUUGUAGAACAAACUGAAUCUGCACCAGCUCAGAGUGAGGGUGGACCUCCCUCACAGCACUUUGAAGAAAACCGAGCGUUUUCUAUGUCUGGGCAGAAAGGGGGACCUCCAAUGAUGCUCAAUGCACCUGGAGGACCUCAUGGACCUAAUUUUAGAGGGCCAGCACCACAGUUCUCUGAAGAGCAUGGUUUUCCAAACAAUGAUGGGCAAAGAGGACCUCAGUCUGGAAGAUUUGGAGGUCAGAAAGGUCCCAUUCCUUCCUUAUUUUCUGCACAGCAUGGACCACCUCUUUUUGGUGAUAAUAGGGGCCCUGCUCCUUAUCAUGGUGGUCCAAGAGGAAUGUCACCAUCUCAUUUUGAAGAUCAUAGGGAACCUCACAUGGAACAAAUGGAAUUCUCAGAUUCCCAAUAUGAUGAAAUGAUGGGGCCUCCAGGACAGUUUGAAGGACCAGAUUCCCCCCAGUUUAUGGGAAACAGAGGACCUUUUCCUUUUGGAGGUCAAAGACGACCCCCACCAGGUCAGUUUAAGGGACAGAGAGGAGGCCCUCAGUUUGGAGGGCCAAGAGGUCCAGCCCCAGGUCAUUUUGGGGGACCAAGAGGACCUCACGCAAAUCAAUUUGAAGGGCAGAGAGGUCCAGCUCCAAAUCAUAUGCCUGGUCCAAGGGGACUUUUACCACAGCCAUAUGAAGAACGAAGAGGGAGCCCACCACCCAGAUUUUCCAACCAGAGAGGCCCAGGACCACAUCAGUUUGGAGGACCAAGAGGAGGCACACCUCCAAUGUUUCCGGAUGAAGAUGAGCCUCCUUCUAGAUUUCAUUACCAGGGUCAGUCACCACAAGGUAUGAAACCACCCCCAAGACCACUCCUGGACCUUCCAAGCCAUCCACCAACUCACAGAAAAGACAUGUGGGAAGAAGGUGGACCAUCUGCAUCAAUGUCUGGACAAGGACCUGAGUCGGAAGGACAGUGGCCCACAUCUGACUUCCGAGAAGGCAAAAACCCUGACUAUAGAGGCCAGACAUUUGAAGGGAGGCAGAGAUAUGAGGGAGGAAAUAAAGAUAAGGGUUUGGAUCAGCAAGAGCUUCAACAAGCAGAUAAUCGCCAAGGUAGAGGCUUUGAGGAAAGACGAAGAGAUCGAGAACACGGCAGACCUUGGGAAAGAGACCGUGGCAGAAACUGGAACAGAGACAGGGACUGGGAGAGACACAGAGAGAAGGAAUGGGAUAAAAACAGAGAUAGGAGCCAAAACAAAGAUAGAGACAAGGAUUCAGAGCGAGGUAAGGACUGGGAGAGAAGCAGAGACCGAGACAGGACAAGAAACAGAGAGAGGGACUCUUACAGAAGACGUGAUAGAGAGCGAUCGAGAAGCAGAGACAGGGAUCGCGACAGAGAGAAAGACAGGGACCGGGAUCGAAGCCGGGAAAAGGACAGGGAUCGAGACAGAGAUCGAGAUCGCGACAGGGACAGAGGGAAAGAUCGCAAAGAUAGGAGUAAGAGUAAGGAAACUGGUAAAGAGACAAAGCCAGAAACACUGAAGGAAACUCAGAAACCAGUGGAAACUGAAGCUUCAUCUUCCAGCAAUCAGUCAUAGAACUGUGACUGAUACUUCCCACAAAUAAUACACUUCAGCAACACAGCAAGGACUGCACAUCUGUAAAUACUGUACAUUUUCUCACCUUUUAAAAAAUUCUGUUGUAAAACUAGCCUUACCCGAUGUACUGACAAAUAAGCAAUUUUUGAACAACUGUGAAUGAAAAUAAUCAGAUAGAUGAAAAGCAAGAACAUACUGGACUUUCACUUGCUGCAUUUUGUGCAUAAAGUUUUUCUUAUAAAAAUUCAUGAUGUUACCUGUACUGAAAUUUUGUUUUUUCUACUUGCAUCUUUAUCUUAAAGUUUCCAUUUACAGUACAGAAAUGGAAAAAAUCUAAGAAGAGCAUAUUGCUUUUUAAGAUUAUAAAGUUAUGUUUUCCAGUAACUUGAAUUGUAAUUUUAUAGGAGAAUUUAAUCCAGACCUGAGGAGCCAUACCUUUACGUGAUAUUUUGGUGUCAAAAUUGUUCCUACAGCACACACUAAAAAUGUUGGUGUCAUGUUUCUUUUACAAUGGAAGGGUCAUUGUUUAGGAAAAGGCUGCAAAAGAACAGUGUUAAUAAUUUCUUGUGACUGAUGAAGGGUUUGAAAAUGGAAUGUUAUAAGCUUAAAGUGCACUAUCUUCCUUUUAUAUACAUGUAUUUUGGGUCUGGAAUCCAUCUGUUAAAUGUACAGCAAAGAAACAAGUCAUAAUUAGUUCUUUUUCAUGGGGUUUUAAAUAUCCCAUAUUUACAAGCCUGUCAUUAAAGAAAAUGCAAGAGUAGCACCUUUAUAACCAGCAAAACUUACAGAAGCAUCAGACAUUUAUUUUGAAAAGUGGUAAACCAAAGGAAGGGAAGAGCAUUUGGUUAAAUAGGCCACUAAAUCUGUUACUUCCGUUGAACUGGUUUAGUGGAGCAUUUUUCGGGUUUGUUUAGAUUUUGUAGAAUUUUCCCACAGAUUUAAGAAAUGUCCCAGUGUGAUUGAACUUUUAUUAUAGAAGUGCUCUUUCAUUCUAAAAGGGCUCUUGAAAAAUAAAUGAUACUGUUCUUUUGUUAGGCCCUACUUAGGCUGGCAGUGUAUAUAAAACUCUCCACUGAAAAAGACACAGCUGCAUUGAAGUUUAAAUUAUGGUGGUACAUCAUGUUGUAAUUGAAGAGGGACAUUUUUCAUGGUGAAAUACAUCACAUUGCUACUUCCCAUGUAGUCCUCAAGCAUGCAAUUCUAAAGUGUGAAAUAAACCCCCACUAGUUUAUUUGAAUGUGUAAAUUGACCGCUGGGUAAAUAUUGUGGUAUUUUGCUAAAAUAGAUUUGGAAAUGUAAAAUUAAGAUUCCUGUAAACAUUUUGCAUCUUGAGGACUAUAUUACAGGUAGAGUGUGUGUCACCACAGUCACAUUGGUGCAUCCUUGAGGUCCUUGUACAUCCAGGAUUUGCUGGAUGAAAUGAUCAUCUGUGUCCUGAACCUAAGGGAAAACGGUAAUGUGCAAAGAAAUCAUAUAAAAUGCAAACAUCAACUACGGUGUAAGAUUUUUUUCCUUAAUGACAUGUUUCUAAUUUAAAGACAUACAUCGAAGUAUGCAAAAUCUGUGUUUGUUUAGGUUUACUUGAUAGAAAUUUCUGUAAAUGGUAUUUUAUAUGGCAAAAUAUAUAAUUGUACAUUAAAAUAUGGGACUUCACAGGUUUUUGUUACUGUAAGUAGAAUAAACACCUACAGAGAGCUGUUGUCCAUUUCCUAAA